AGAGUUCUUACAUUAGACGCUAAUUUGAAUGAAUCCUUGCAAACGAAAGCCCAUUAUUUUAAAACUUCCUAAACCACUGGGAUGCAAAAGGCCCAGUCAAUGUGCAUAAAACUGGAGGCCCACGAGGAAAAAGUUCUCUCUAAUCUUAACCGAAGGAAAAGUUUCGCUCCAUCCGCCAACGAUGGGGAACGCAUUCACCAAGGGAACCACUAAUUUAGACUUUCCAAAUUCUUUGGAAUCAAAUCAACACAUCCCUUCAUUGGUUGGGACUUGGGAGUCCACGCUGAUAUUUCUUUUAACCAGGCAACCACCAAAAAUCUCAUUGGACUUUAUGGCUCUGCUUCAAGUACAUUGACUGUUGAAAAUUCUCUCAUCACUCGCAUUUUCUUUUCUCACAACUCCAAAACCCUAAAACAAAACAAUGGCUUUGUCCUCUGCCACAUUCUUCAUCUCUCCUUCACCUUCUUAUUCCCUUUCUUGCAGAACUUAUAAACCAUUUCUUUCUCUAAAUCCCAUUUUGGUAAAAGCCUCAUCAAAUUCUGUUGGCUACUCCACAGUCCCCGUUGCCGAUAAACCCACCAUCCAUUUAAAGUCAAACAACUGGCAAUGGAAAUUUAAAGACAACACCAUCAACAUCUAUUAUGAAGAACAUGCAAAGGAAAGCUCUGAUCCACCAAAAAAUAUACUUAUGAUACCGACUAUUUCUGAUGUCAGCACUGUUGAAGAAUGGAGAUCAGUGGCCAGAGACAUUGUUCAACAAGUAGGUAAAAUUAAUUGGCAGGCUACAAUUGUUGAUUGGCCUGGUUUGGGUUAUUCUGAUAGGCCAAAAAUGGAUUAUAAUGCUGAUGUCAUGGAGAAAUUUCUAGUGGACUUCAUAAAUGCAUCAGAUAGUCCAUUGCGUUACGCAGAAAAUGGCUUGGUGGUCUUUGGCGGAGGGCAUGCUGCCACAUUAAUAGUUCGUGCUGCCAAAAAAGGCUUGGUGAAGCCAUCUGCCAUUGCUGCUGUUGCACCAACCUGGGCUGGUCCUCUUCCUAUUGUGUUUGGUCGAGAUUCCAGCAUGGAAACAAGGUACGGAAUGCUUAGGGGCACCCUAAGAGCCCCUGGUGUUGGUUGGAUGAUGUAUAACAUGCUUGUAAGCAAUGAAAAGGCAAUUCAAUCGCAGUACAAAUCUCACGUCUAUGCAAACCCUGAGAAUGUGACUUCAGAUAUCAUUGAGAGUAGAUAUGCACUAACAAAACGGAAGGGCGCUCGCUAUGCACCUGCCGCUUUCUUGACAGGUCUCCUUGACCCAGUUAAAUCUCGAGAAGAGUUUCUUGAACUCUUUGCAGGUUUGGAUGGAUUGCUACCAGUUCUUGCUGUGUCAACUGAAGGAUCUCCAAGGAGGUCAAAAGCAGAGAUGGAAGCACUCAGAGGAGCCAAAGGGGUCAGCAAAUUUGUUGAGGUUCCAGGUGCUCUUCUGCCGCAAGAAGAGUAUGCCGCCAUGGUUGCCGAACAGCUUUACCAGUUUUUACGAGAAAAUUUUGAACUCAGUAAUUAGUCUCCAUAUAAACUUCAAUACUAAUGGAAAUAUAAUAAUAAUUGUAAUUUCAUUAAAAAUUUUGUAACCUAUAUUAUAAAUAAACUUUGUGAUCGUUAUUAAAACCAUGA